GGCCAGCGGGAGGGGUGCCUCCUCCCCACCCCGCGCGGGCGCGCUCCCUGGGCCGCCUGGCACAGCCUGGCCUGGCCGCGGGGGGUGAGUGUGUGGGGCGGGGGGUGUUGCGGCGCCCGCUGACGUCUUCUCCCACCUCCCGGGCGCGCCCCGCGAUUGGCUGCCGAGGCGCCCACGUGACCGCGGCCCGGAGGCUAGCCAUGGCUUCGUUGUGGUCCGCUCCACCCUGCAGCCCGGACUCGGGUCCGGAGCAGCCCCGCUAGCAGCAGCAGCACGCGCAGGCAGCAGCACGCGCAGGCAUGGGCGAGAAGGCGGGGACCAGAGUUUUCAAGAAAUCCAGCCCCAACUGCAAGCUGACCGUCUACUUGGGCAAGCGUGAUUUUGUGGACCACCUGGACAGAGUUGACCCUGUUGACGGCGUGGUCCUUGUGGAUCCCGAAUACCUCAAGGAUCGGAAGGUCUUUGUGACGCUGACCUGUGCCUUCCGCUACGGCCGUGAGGACCUGGAUGUUCUGGGGCUGUCUUUCCGCAAGGACCUCUUCCUGGCCUCGUGGCAGGCCUUCCCGCCUGCUGAGGCGGCUCCGGACCCCCUCACCCGCCUGCAGGAGCGGCUGCUGCGGAAACUGGGGGCCAACGCCCACCCCUUCAGCUUCAUCAUACCGCAGAACCUGCCAUGUUCAGUGACGCUGCAGCCGGGCCCUGAAGACACGGGGAAGGCUUGUGGAGUAGAUUUCGAGAUCCGGGCUUUUUGUGCCAAAAAUGUAGAUGAGAAGAUUCAUAAAAGGAACUCGGUCCGCCUGGUCAUCCGGAAGGUCCAGUAUGCCCCAGAGAAGCCUGGCCCCCAGCCCAUGGCCGAAACCACCCGGCACUUCCUGAUGUCUGACCGGUCUUUGCACCUGGAAGCUUCCCUGGACAAAGAGCUCUAUUACCACGGGGAGCCCAUCAGCAUCAAUGUGCACGUGACCAACAACUCCAGCAAAAGUGUCAAGAAAGUGAAGGUGUCUGUCCGGCAGUACGCGGACAUCUGCCUCUUCAGCACGGCCCAGUACAAGUGCCCCGUGGCCCAGACGGAGCAGGACGACCAGGUGGCCCCCAGCUCCACCGUCUGCAAGGUGUACACGCUCACGCCCCUCCUCAGCAGCAACCGGGAGAAGCGGGGCCUGGCUCUGGACGGGAAGCUCAAGCACGAGGACACCAACCUGGCUUCCUCCACCAUCGUGAAAGAAGGCGCCAACAAGGAGGUCUUGGGCAUCCUGGUCUCCUACCGGGUCAAAGUGAAGCUCGUGGUGUCCCGGGGAGGAGACGUCUCGGUGGAGCUCCCUUUCGUCCUCAUGCACCCCAAGCCGCCGGACCAGGCCGUGCCAUCACAGCCCCCGCUAGCUGCUCCAGAGAUGGACACACCGGUGGACACGAACCUCAUUGAGUUUGAAACCAACUACGGCCAGGACGACGACAUUGUCUUUGAAGACUUUGCCCGCCUGCGGCUGAAGGGCCUGAAAGACGACAAGGAAGACGACGACCAUUUCUGCUAGGAGGAGCCUCACAGCGGGGGGGGGGGGGCCCUCCCUCCCCACACACACACUUUGGAAACCCCACCCAGGACCAGCCAAGGGGGCAGGGGGGAGGGGGCAGUCCCCCUCCCCCUCGUGAAUGUCACCUUGCCCUCUCCUCCUCCUCCUCCCCCCCCUCUUGUGACAGGAGCCAAACCCCCACCCCCUCCUGGGGUCUGGGGGAGACAAGGUGACUAGAGGGGGGGUUGCCCCAGCUGCCCUUCUCCCCCCCCAUACAUACAUAUAUAUAUAUAUAUUUCCAAAUGCAUUUUUGACACCCAAGGAGACCCCCACUCUGUCUAACGCACUGGAAUCGAUACUUGGGCAUUAUCUCCCCGCAGCCUGACCCAACCCCCCCCCCCCCAGCACCACCUUGGAGUGUGUGUCUGGCCCCUCCCUGGGCAACUCUUGUCCUAACCUCUCCCUUUACCUGCCGGAGGCGGUGUUAGCAAUGGGAUUGCCCGGCCACCAUCGCGGGGUGGGGGGAGACAGGCGCCUGGAGCCCCCCCCCUCCCCCCCGGGGCAGAGUGCUACCGGCCAGCAAACCCCACUCCCGCUCUGGGGUGGAGACGAGGCCACCUCCCUCUCUCCCCCCCCCCCACACACACACUGUGGAAGGCACGUGCCAACUGCCCCCCCCCCAAUCAUUCCCCGGGAGGGAGGGAGGGGAGUCCCUUUGCUGCAGGGUCUGAGCAGCAGCAGCAAAGAACCGAAUAAAAACCGCUGAACCGUGA